UACAAUUUUGUAAAAUAUAUAAUGUAACUUUCAUCAGAAAACAAAAUAUCACAUUAUACAUUAAAUUGGAAUUUACAUGAGCAAGAUACUCCCUGUAGAAUUUUGAGAAAUAUACAAAUUCUAUUUGGAUUAUUUGAUCAAAAAUGAAUAACAAAUGUGUCUGCUCAAAAUGUUAUCAUUCACUCGAUAAUGCCGAAUCUCCAUAUAGCGAAGUAUCACAAGAAAUUGGUGAUACUUCUAUAUCCAUCAAAGUGGCUAAAGAUACUUCCUCGAUCAAAUCGAUCAGAAAUUGUUUAACAAAGUCUUCUAACAUUGAUAUUAAUUGUGCGGAUGCAUACGGUAGAAAAUGUCGAGAAGGAUGCACUAGAGUGAAUAUUAUUCCUAACGAUGAACCACCUCCGAAAGAUCCAAAUGAAAAAAUGUUUUUAUUAAAAUCAAUAAGACAAAUCAUGCCCAAUGAUGAUUUAAAAAAUAGUCUUGAAUUUGAGUUUAAAUUACCACGAAAUUAUAUACCUUUACGUAAGUUCGAUUCACCUCCAAGAAUAAUAAUCCCAAAUGCAUCUGCUGAAACUAAAAUAAAGAAACGCAAAAAGAAAGGUAAAAGUGAGAAGAAAAAGGGGACAAAGUAAGAACACUUGUAAAUUUUAUGGGAUACGUAUAUAUAAGUAUAUUAUGUCAAAAUAUAAAGCUUUGCAACAAUAACGAUAAUUAAGUGUAAUAUUCUUGCACUUUUUAAAAAUAAAAAUAAAAGAAAACAAAAUUUAUAAUAAAACAUAAAAGAUAUUUCUUUUUUAAUAAAUGCAUUUGCAUGUGUACUAAGAUAACAAAUUUGACAACAAUAAUAAUAACAAUCAAAAUAAAAAUACAAAUAAAAAUAAAAUACUUGUUUGAAAUUCUAAUUAAAAGAAUAUGCUAGUAGUCUACUUGUUAGAACCUUCAUGUUUUAUUCGCUAAUAAAUUAUGCUUCUUCAUAAUAUAUACAUUAAUUAACUACUGUACAAAUUCGAUAUACAUUUACAGACUGUGCAGUAUAAAUAUGCUCAGACCUUUUAAAAAGUAGAUCAUACCACGUUUAAUGCAUGCUUGUAUAUCAACGAUAUAAUUAUUUUAAAGAAAACAUAUGAUCCAUUAUCUCUCCUCUAUUUCUCUUUUUAAAACUUGAAUGUAAAUUUUUGGUUUUGUUCAUAAUAAUAUCGAGUUAAGAAGUUAAUUUAAGUUUUCGAAAAAACAA